CUAAUCUAAGCUUCAACUCAUGAGGGGUCUUGUUUUAUGCAGAUCUAUCACUGUCUAUAGAUAACUAUGCACUGUCAACUUUCUCUGUAGCAAAUGCUGGGAAUCUCUUUGUGUCAGUUAUGCCGGUUCGUUGAGUGUCUUCCUUUAUCCUACCCGUUCACAGAACAAUUCAGCCUCCAAAAAGAAAAACAACACGCCUUGCAUUUGGCACCUAUCAAACCCGCCGCAUCAUUUAAACAAGAAUAUAAUACUGAGAAUCACCACACUACUUUUUACUCUCAUCUGAUCACACAGUGCUAAAAUGUGCGUCCUCGCUGACAUGCCAAUAAGUCUACAAUGAGGACACCACAACGGCCUCAUAACCGCCGCCAAUCCACCGAUGCCCGCCAUUCUGAACUUGAACUGAGCUCCCUAAAUUCAACACUGAAUAAAUUUGUAGGGGCCCGGCAAAAGUCAUGGAUGCUGAACCUAAAUUCAUCCCCUAAAUCAAGCAUACUCCCACCUGCGCAACGACCGACUCCUGCUCCCACACCUGAUCAGAGCACCACGAUCCACUCCCAGUCCAGAGAGAGUGCCAGGGGCCAGGGAAGUCUUUCCACACUAGAAUCAGGAAGCCAGCGCACCCCUAACAGUACGCAGGGUCAGAAUGGACCCGUCACGCCCUCGUUAGAGCAGCUGCGAAUCUCCCCCGUGCCGCUCAACUGCCCAUCCCAGCCCGAACCCUCUCCUGUAUUGCCGCCAGCCUCUCCUAAUAUCUCGAAUUCGCGGUUUGAGCGAAUACCCCAAACUGCGCCGACAGCCGAUCGCCAGUAUACAGUUCUCCCAUCGCCAGAUUCGCAUCAUAGAUGCUCCACAAGAGCCGUCACUGAAUCGGGACCAGGCGAUGGCUCCAUUCCAGGAGCUGCUCCUUUCCCGCCACAUCAAACAAGCCGUUCGUUGUCUGGAGCGGUAUUGCAACAACGAGAUCCAUCGCUCGAUGCCAUAAAUGGUAUGAGACAUUCACCACUGUCCAUAUCACAAACCCCCAGAACUGCGGGGAAUUCACCAUUCCUAGAAGUACAUAGGGAUAAACGCGUGCGGAUUGUGCCAGGAAAUUCAGCUGUGCCUCAACCAUAUCAACCUCAGAACGCGGCUCCGGCUAACACUCAAUCAACAUCUGAUAUGAGUAACAAUAGCCACGCGUUCUUGAAGCCCCCGACCUCUGAACAAUUUUCUUGGAAAAAAUUUGUCCCUAUCCUUGGUCGGUUUUCGGCACCACCAGGGAGUGGCGAGAACAAUCGGAUUUUACUGCUACGAACAGCUUGUGAGAAUGAAGAUGUGUUCUACAUUGCCCUACAUCAGGUGUAUUGCCUGCACACAAUCUCCCCUGGCUUCCUGCCUCCCUCGAAACUUGGAGCUCGCCAAAUUGCAGGUCUGGAGCUGGUUUCGCAACUUUUGACACAGAACGGGUGUCUUUCAAAGCCUUUUGUCGAAGCAUGCGCUAGUUUCCCAGCCCCAUUUGGGAUUGUUGUUCAAUACUACUCGAUUUAUCCUGCUGUUUGCGACCAGGUGAUAAGUUUUCUAGGCUCCAUGGCAGAUCGCUGGUUACCGUUUGAGACAUCUGUUGCUAUGCGGGGAUAUCCGCCACUUAUUGAUGAGCUGGUUGACGUGUUUGGGUUCACUUCGCGCACUUUUCGACAUAUAAUAUUCACUGCAUGCCGUCGCCGUCUUAUAGGGGCUCUGGAUGACGGCGUUACUCAAGCAUACGCACGUAUCUUUCAAAUCAAUGAGGAAUUUUAUCAGCAGCGCCCCUUACGGCAGUACAGUGCAAAUCCUAUAUCCCCAGCACAGAUCCAAUCUGAAAAUGAAUUCCUGAAAACACAAUAUCUACAGAUAUUGGAGCAAUAUAUUACUCUAAACCGGACAGUACACGGAGCAAUAACCUACCAGUUGCCUCAACGACAUCAGGGAACCUCUUUUCCAAUAAUGGGUGCUGGCGGUCCUCAGCCCCAAACUCAGAAUUAUGUCAUUCAAGGGCCACAGCAAUCUCCAUUACCGUAUGCUUAUCCCCAAGUACGGUCCUCAUAUCGAUCACCGGCGGCAAAUUCCUCCCAGCGCCCUCUCCAACGAGGCCAACAAUAUGCCUCUGCGCCACUUCCCAACAGUCUGUAUACAACUAUCUCUUCACCCACACAUGCACAUGCAGCAGCCUCUGGAAGGCCAAUGAUGGCCCACCCUCACUCCAACUCGCUUUCCCCAAUUUCGUCCGAGUUUGUUCCCUUGUCGGAUAACACGAAUACUCAGCUGCGCCAUGGUGCCUUUAUUCACUCAUCCGUUCAACCACCCCGAACAAGCUGCACCGCCGCCCAAUCUUUUUACCCGAAAGCAAACAAUUUACUCCUCCCUCCAGCGGGAGUUCCUCCAAUGGAAACUGCUAAUCCAAACCCUCUUGUUGUUGGUCUCCAUCAAGCUUUUCUGAGAGAAAAAACCAUGGCUCUUACUACCAAGGAGCGCGGUAGUGACCCAACACAGUUAUUCCAGUACCUCCACGGUUUUGCUAUUCUUCCAUCAUCUAUUCAAAUAGGAGCGCCAAUCCGCAAGUUUCAGUUCACUAUCACGCCAGAGGAAUACCAAAAAUUCCCUAUUCGACUAAAUGCCACAGCAAAGCAUAGUUCGCCUGUAUUGGGGGUUUCAGAUGGGCGUCGAACAUAUCAACUACGGUGUAUAAAAAUGACUUCCCCCUUCACCCCGCUCUCAGAGAAUCAAUGGUCUGUGUCAGACACCACCUGGCCGACGGCCAUCUAUAUUCACGUUAACGGGAUAGAGCACUUCGUUCGCCGAAAGCCGCACUUCGGCAGAGAUUUACCCCUUAAUAUCGCGAGCUCCCUCAAGGAAGGCCUGAAUGAGAUGUCGAUAACUAUACUCUGGGGCGCUGUAGAGCGUAAUAGCAAAGCGACCUAUGCCGUGGCCAUGGAAAUAGUUGAAUUCGCCUCCCCUAGCCGUAUCGGUUCAUUCAUCCAGCGUCAAUCGUACUCUACAACUCUAACCCAGAUCAAGAAUCGGCUUACAGGAUUAAAUACAAAUGAUGACGAUAUUGCUAUUGUUGAUGAGCAUAUCACAAUAGACUUAGUCGACCCCUUUACGGCGCGGAUCUUCAACAUUGGCGCCCGGACCAAGUUUUGCGCACAUAUGGAAUGCUUCGACCUUGAAACAUUUCUUAUGACACGUUUGCCAAGGUUAGCGAAAGGGCACAGCAUGGCAGAGGAUUGGAAGUGUCCUAUCUGCGGCAGCGACGCGCGGCCCAAGUCCCUGAUCAUGGACGAUUUUUUCAGCGCAGUCCGACGUGAACUCGAAGAAACCAAGCAAAUGGAGGUCAAAGCGAUACUCGUGCGUCCGGACGGAUCAUGGGAGCCUAAGCCAGAAGGUAAUGGCAAUAAUAAUAAUAGUAUUAGAUCGAGCGAACCGCGCUCGUUGAACGGAAACGGGAACCGUCCGAAGUGGCUGGACGAGCGCUUCCACAAAUAAUGGCGGCCAGUCCAACGUAUCUUCAAAGCAACCCCACACCCCUGAAGUCAUUGAGCUCAAUUAAUUUUACUCGUUUGGACACUUCUAUUGGAAUACCCGUGACGGGAACCAUAUCAAAUUAUCGACUUUUCUUCCCUAUUUCUCAUUCCAUUUCAUAUUUUUACUCCUAUUCUUUUGAAAAAAUAAAAUCGAUUUAUACCCACGGAGGCGCGUGUUACUGUUUAUCAUUAUUUUCGAAUUUUGCCAACUCUCUUCUUUUAUUCCUAGCCCGGCGUUUGCAUCAAAGGGAAGAAAAAAUUCCCACGGUUCUCUGGGUCCAGUCGGUUUCGUCCAGCUUUUGCAUUCAGAGCACAUACAUACACAUAGUCAACCCUAUUAUUAUGACGUAAUUUACCUGAUUUAAUUAGAUUCAUAUCUAUCCUUCUCACGCUACAUAAAGCCUCAAUCUCAAUCUUAGUU